AUGAAAGAGUUCGAACGCAGAAUGGCACGAUACGAAGGACCUGAGCUGAAGCGCGUCGAGCCAAAUCUACUGCCUGGAGAAAGAGGGAAUGAUCACAAAUCCACGGCUUGGCUAAAGGAUGGUCAACAAAUUCUACAAAAAAAGGGACGUGGCCGUUUAAUUCACAUUUCUGAUUGGGUUGAAGAGGUAAACAGGCGAUUGGUGGUCCGAAAUUCUGACGGCAUCGUGAUCAAAGAGGCCCGAAAGAUCAUCUAUCCAGGAUCAAACGGCGAUCCGUACUGGGAUUGCGAACAGCUAAUUGAACAGGUGAAGACAAAGGCAAUUCCCAUCUUCGAAGAAGCGCAUCCUGGUUGCCAGGCGUUAUUUAUUUUCGAUCAAUCCUCAGCUCAUGCGGCUUUGCCGCCUGAUGCUCUCAAAGCAUUCGAAAUGAAUAAGUCCAAUGGCGGGAAGCAGCGCCGCCAGAAGGACACUAUUAUUCCGGACACUAACCCUUCUCCAGAAUUCCGUGGAAAGGUACAGAAAAUGACAACGGAGACAGGCGAGCAGAAGGGCUUGCAGCAAACUCUGGAAGAGCGUGGCUUCAAUGUCACGGGCAAGCGUGCUAAAUGCUCCCCUGUCUGCCCUUGGGAGAACAAUGAUUGUUGCAUGGCACGGAUUCUCAGCAAGCAGGAUGAUUUUACGAACCAGGUCUCGAUGCUUGAGACCCUCAUCAAAGAAGCUGGCCACAAAUGUAUCUUCCUCCCCAAGUUCCACUGCGAACUUAAUCCAAUUGAAAUGUACUGGGGAUGGGUCAAGUACUGUUAUCGUCAAGUUCAGAAGAAGACAUUCGAGGUCGCGAAGCAAGCGGCACUUGCAGCGCUCGACUCAUGUCCAGUUGAUGUCAUUCGGAGAUUCAUCAAUCGUUCCUGGCGGUUCAUGGAUGCUUAUCGAGUUCCACUGUCCGGAAAGGCCGCCGCGUGGGCAGUUCACAAGCAGAAGGGUCAUCGCACAAUUUCCCAGAGCACGAUGAUGCACCUAGAUGCCAUUGUCCGCCCUACUGAGUUAUCAAAAUUGUCGACUUUGUCUGUCCGCGACUCUUCAAACGCGUCAUCCAACUUCACUAUGCUGCAUCCAUCCACUUGCGAGGGCGCCGUGAAUAAGAUCUGGGCCAACUAUUUAUCUGUCCAACAUUCUGGAUCCCAAGAAAAAACAUAUUUGGAUGCUCUCCAGGCAAAAAAAAACAUCCACAGAAUACAGGAAAACAUACCAGUCAUCAAUGCUGAUCCAGGAGCCCAUGGCAUUUUGGGCCAGUGGCCAAAUGCACACCCUAUGGAAACAGAUAAGGUGGAACAUCCCAGGUCAAUUUGGUCUAAAACUACAGCCUGGGCUGCUGCACUCGAGAGCGAAACUGGAACACCCCCUGCGUCCGGACGUGGAACGCAACGUUCUCCCUUUUCCCAGAACGCAUUUUUACAGCAUCUUCUGAACUUCAUCGUUGUGGAUGAUCAGUCUAUAUACGUCGUUGAAUGCCCAGAAUUUCGACAGCUCCUCUUGCUUUUACGUGAGGACCUCGAGGACAAAGACAUUCCCCGCCGAACAAAGAUGCGCGAACUUAUUAUCAAGGCAUGGGAGGCGUAUUUCAAGGUCCUAAAACAGGAAUUAGCAGGAGGCCAUUGGACCCUUGAUAACUGCUCGCUCAACGAUGCCUUCCUGAAAGAACUUGAGAUACUUCUACGCCCUCGCGACGUUGAGUUCAAUCACAAGGAAAAUCAUAUACGAUGUUUCCCACACGUUACCAACAUAUGUUCAACUCAUGUCAUCGAAGCCUUUACUAACAUCACCCUGGUAGAUGAUACAGGGGGAUUCAUCGCAUCCGCAUCAGGCCCUCCAAGCGAUCCUGAUAAUCAGACUUAUGAAGAAGCGGUUGUUCGCGACCCAAUCGCAUUGUGCCGGAGUACCGUACGAGCAGUACGCGCCUCAGGUCAACGACGUGAGCACCUGGCGGAAGUAAUAGACGAUGGAAACAAGAAAGGGUGGUUCAAGUCAACUGAGGAUCCGACCGUGACUAUCCAAGUUAAGCAGGCGCAACUUGCCGUCGAGCAUUUUCUUUCUUUGCCCAUCAAUAGAGAUCUUGCGAAACUUAGACUUACUGAUAUGGAAUGGGCUGUACUCCAGGAUUUUGAGAUCGUACUGGGUGUACCCCAUCAAGUACAGACACUCAUGUCGAAAGAGCGCACUCCCGUUUUAUCAGGCGCAAUUCCCGCCUUCGAAAUGUUCAUGACAGCAUGGGAGCAACUUGGGAGAGAUCACCCCCGCUUGGCCCGAUGGACGGAUAUCGGUAUCCAGUGGGCGACAACUUACUACAAGAAAAUGGAUGAUUCGCCUGCCUACGUUAUCGCGAUGUUUCUCAAUCCCUCGAUACGAUUGUCAUGGAUUCGACGACACUGGGAGCCUAAUUAUGUUGCCAGGGCCAUCGUAAUUAUCAAGAAUACUAUGCGAAAAUACCAUGACCGUCUUCAUGGACAAGCUCAACAACCUACAUCUAGUACGGACUCACAGCAACAGAGGCGAAGCUGGCAUGAUUUAGCUGGACAAUAUGGGCUCGAAGAUAUGUUGGAGGUUUCGGGCGCUCCUUCGCCGUCGGGCCAAGGAGUUGAAGAACAGUUUGAGUUGUAUGGAAAUGGGACGGUCUCACCGCGUGGCACGGAUAUUAUAGGGUUUUGGGCGAUAAGCGAGGAAACCCAUCAAAUAUUCAUCCUCGGUUCCUUCCGAGCGCGUUUUUUCAUCCAGUGCCGAAACUGA